GAGGCAGGCUGACACAGACAGAGGGAUUAGAGACGCUGGCUUCAGUCGGAUCUCCGCUCUGCUGGAUUUAUCGUCUCUCCUUCGUGGUUCUUCCUCCUGCUGGAAUGGACAUCAAUAAAUCAGGUGAUCAAUGAGCCGACUGGCAGCAGCAGGAGGAGCAGAUGAGGAUCUGGGCGGCAGGAAACUGAAGAUGAUGGUCUGUGUUUGGAGCUGAGAAGCAGCGAGAUGUACGAGGAGAACAGCAGAAGCGGCGCUCGCAAUGGCUACACCACAUCAGUGGAUGGGGAGGAGGGGGGAGGAGAGGAGGAGGAGGAGGAGGAGGAGGGAGGAGAGGCGGAUGGAGGGGAAGGAGGACGAGAUGAGGUAGAGGAGAAGGAUGCAGAGUGGGACGAGGAGCUGGAUGGACAAAAUGAAGGAGGUGUGAGGAUGACGAGAACAGACACGCUUCACUCCACCACGAGUUCCACUGGGACACAGAGAAGAAGAGGACAACAUGCUAAGAAACAAGUGCAGGGCAGUAACCAGGUCCAGCGAGCCCCACGGGCGUUGUUCUGUCUGAAGCUCAACAACCCAAUCAGACGUGCCGCGCUUCACAUCGUCGAGUGGAAACCAUUCGAUAUCUUCAUCCUCUUAGCGAUCUUUGCAAACUGCGUGGCUCUAGGAGUUUCCAAACCAUUUCCUGAAGAUGACUCCAACUCCACCAACCAUGAUCUGGAACAAGUGGAGUAUGUCUUCCUCAUCAUCUUCACCAUAGAGACCUUUCUGAAGAUCCUGGCCUACGGCCUGGUGAUGCACCCCAGCUCCUACAUCCGCAAUGGCUGGAACCUUCUGGACUUUGUUAUCGUCAUUGUGGGGUUAUUCAGCGUUGUCCUGGAGACGAUGACUCAUAAGUCAAGCGGUGAGCAGGCGACCACCCAUCACAUGCCAGGAAAACCUGGAGGUCUGGAUGUCAAAGCUCUGAGGGCAUUCAGGGUGCUGCGACCCCUGAGACUGGUUUCUGGAGUCCCCAGUCUGCAGAUCGUCUUGAACUCUAUCAUGAAGGCCAUGGUUCCUCUACUUCACAUCGCUCUGCUGGUUCUCUUCGUCAUCAUCAUCUACGCCAUUAUCGGCCUGGAGCUCUUCAUUGGACGUAUGCAUAGGACCUGUUACUACAUCAGGACAGAUAAUUUCGUGGAGGAUGAUCCGGUGCCGUGUGCAUUUGCCGGACACGGCCGUCAGUGCAUUGUGAACGGUUCUGAGUGUCGGGGGAGGUGGGAUGGUCCCAAUGGUGGAAUCACCAACUUUGAUAACUUCUUCUUUGCCAUGCUGACGGUGUUCCAGUGCAUCACAAUGGAGGGAUGGACCGAUGUUCUGUACUGGAUGAACGAUGCCAUUGGCUUUGAGCUGCCGUGGGUUUACUUCGUCAGUCUGGUGAUUUUUGGCUCCUUCUUUGUUCUGAACCUGGUUCUGGGAGUUCUCAGCGGAGAGUUCAGUAAGGAGAGGGAGAAGGCAAAGGCUCGAGGAGAUUUCCAGAAGCUCCGGGAGAAGCAGCAGAUGGAGGAGGAUCUAUGCGGAUACAUGGACUGGAUCACACAGGCGGAGGACAUGGAUGAACUGGAUGAGGACGGAAACCCAAGGCCGUCCCUGGGGGAUCUGUCCGAUAAGAAGAGGAAGUUCGGAUGGUUCAGUCACUCUAAUGACACUCACGCGAGUCUUCCAGCGAGUGAAACGGCUUCAGAGAACACGGAGAACAUAGAUGAAGAGCACACCAACUGCUGCCAGGCCUGCAGCGCUCGGAUGAUGAAGAUCAGCUGCUGCCGGAUGUUACGUCGCUGGAAUCGAGUCUGUCGCAGAAACUGUCGCACUGCUGUCAAAUCAGUGACGUUCUAUUGGUUGGUCCUUCUGUUGGUCUUUCUCAACACCUCCCUUAGUGCAUCCGAGCACUACGAUCAGCCUGACUGGUUAACUCAAGUCCAGGACAUAGCCAACAAGGUGUUGCUGUCUCUCUUUACGGUGGAGAUGCUGCUGAAGAUGUACAGUUUGGGUCUGGCUCAUUACUUUGUGGCGUUCUUCAACCGUUUUGACUGCUUUGUGGUGUGCGCCGGCAUCAUUGAGACCAUCCUGGUGGAGCUGGAGAUCAUGCCUCCUUUGGGAAUUUCCGUCCUGCGGUGCGUCCGUCUGCUGCGGAUCUUCAAGGUCACACGCCACUGGACAGCUCUGUCCAACCUGGUAGCGUCUCUGCUGAACUCCAUGAAGUCCAUCGCCUCACUACUGCUCCUCCUCUUCCUCUUCCUGAUCAUCUUCGCUCUGCUGGGCAUGCAGCUGUUUGGAGGGAAGUUCAACUUUGAUGAGACGCAGACCAAACGAAGCACAUUCGACGCCUUCCCACAGGCACUGCUCACCUGCUUCCAGAUUCUAACAGGUGAGGACUGGAAUGUGGUCAUGUAUGAUGGCAUCAUGGCGUACGGUGGUCCUGUGUUUCCAGGGAUGAUCGUCUGCAUUUACUUCGUCAUCCUCUUCAUCUGUGGCAACUACAUCCUGCUGAACGUAUUCUUGGCCAUUGCUGUCGACAAUCUGGCUGGAGGAGAUGGAGAUGACAAGAAGAAAGAUAAGAAGAAGGAGAGUGAGGCUGAGGAGGAGGCUGAAGGAGAAGUGAAGGUGGAUAUUGAUGAAGAUACUGAGUAUGAGGAGGAAGAGGAGCUUCCUGAAGGAGAAGAAGAGGGAGGGGUCCAGCUGAAGAUGGCUGAUCUUGCACCUCCUAAAGAGAAAGUUCUUCCCAUCCCAGAAGGCAGCGCCUUCUUCUGCCUCAGCAAAACAAACCCGAUCCGUGUUGGUUGCCACACGCUCAUCCAUCACCACAUCUUCACCAACCUCAUCCUCGUAUUCAUCAUCCUCAGCAGCUGCUCAUUGGCUGCCGAGGAUCCAAUCAGAGCACACUCCUUCAGAAACAACAUUCUGGGUUACGCAGACUACGCCUUUACGUCCAUCUUCACUGUGGAGAUUCUGCUUAAGAUGACUGUCCAUGGAGCGUUCCUCCACCAGGGUUCUUUUUGCAGAAACUGGUUCAACCUGUUGGACCUUCUGGUCGUCAGUGUCUCACUCGUCUCCUUCUUCCUGCACUCCAGCGCCAUCUCGGUGGUGAAGAUCCUUCGAGUCCUCAGGGUGCUUCGACCUCUGAGAGCCAUCAAUAGAGCCAAAGGACUAAAGCAUGUGGUCCAGUGUGUGUUUGUGGCCAUCAGGACCAUCGGGAAUAUCAUGAUUGUCACUACACUGCUGCAGUUCAUGUUCGCCUGCAUCGGGGUCCAGCUCUUUAAGGGUAAAUUCUACCGCUGCACAGAUGAGGCCAAAAGCACUCCUGAACAGUGCAAAGGGACCUUUGUGGUCUAUAAGGAUGGAGAUGUGAGCCAUCCCAUGGUCAGACAGCGGAUCUGGCUGAACAGCGACUUCAACUUUGACAACGUGCUGAUGGGGAUGAUGGCACUCUUCACCGUGUCUACCUUUGAGGGCUGGCCUGCGCUGCUUUACAAAGCCAUCGACGCUAACGGAGAGAACUCUGGUCCAAUCUACAACUACAGAGUGGAAAUUUCUAUCUUCUUCAUCGUCUACAUCAUCAUCAUCGCCUUCUUCAUGAUGAACAUCUUUGUCGGUUUUGUCAUCAUCACCUUCAGAGAGCAAGGAGAGCAGGAGUACAAGAAUUGUGAGCUGGACAAGAACCAGCGUCAGUGUGUGGAGUACGCCCUGAAGGCUCAGCCGCUGAAACUCUACAUCCCAAAGAACCAGGUUCAGUACAAGUUCUGGUCCAUCAUCAACUCGACAGGGUUUGAGUACGUCAUGUUCGUCCUGAUCCUGCUCAACACUGUCACGCUGGCCGUUCAGCACUACGAACAGUCCAAGACCUUCAGCGAUGUCAUGGACAUCCUCAACAUGGUCUUCACUGGACUCUUCACGGUGGAGAUGCUGCUGAAGCUGCUGGCUCUCAGACUGCGGCACUACUUUGUGGACGCCUGGAACUCCUUCGAUGCUCUGAUUGUGGUCGGCAGUGUGGUGGACAUCGUGGUCACUGAGUUCAGCAGUGGCGAGGACAGCUCCAGAGUAUCUAUCACCUUUUUCCGCCUGUUCCGGGUGAUGCGAUUGGUCAAGCUGCUGAAUAAGGGGGAGGGGAUUCGUACGCUGCUCUGGACAUUCAUCAAAUCGCUGCAGGCGCUGCCGUAUGUCGCUCUGCUCAUCGCUAUGAUCUUCUUCAUCUACGCUGUCAUCGGCAUGCAGACGUUUGGAAAGAUAGCGAUGCAGGAUUACACUCAGAUCAAUAGAAACAACAACUUCCAGACGUUUCCUCAGGCUGUUCUCCUCCUCUUCAGGUGUGCCACAGGUGAGGCGUGGCAAGAGAUCAUGUUGGCCAGUCUCCCAGGUAAACGCUGUGACCCGGAGUCGGACCACGAACCAGGAGAAGAGUUCAGCUGUGGCAGCAACUUUGCCAUUGUUUACUUCAUCAGCUUCUUCAUGCUGUGUGCUUUCCUGAUCAUCAACUUGUUUGUUGCUGUCAUCAUGGACAAUUUUGACUAUCUGACGCGAGAUUGGUCCAUCCUGGGGCCACACCAUCUGGAUGAAUUCAAGAGGAUCUGGUCGGAGUAUGAUCCAGAGGCUAAAGGUCGGAUCAAACAUCUGGAUGUGGUGGCUAUGCUCCGGAGGAUUCAGCCUCCUCUGGGAUUUGGGAAGCUCUGUCCUCACAGAGUGGCCUGUAAGCGCCUGGUGGCCAUGAACAUGCCUCUGAAUGCUGACGGGAUGGUAACCUUUAACGCCACGCUGUUCGCUCUGGUCCGCACCGCGCUCAAGAUUAAAACAGAAGAUAACCCUGAACAGGAGAAUGAGGAACUGAGGGCGAUCAUCAAGAAGAUCUGGAAGAGGAUGAAGCCAAAGCUGCUGGAUGAAGUCAUACCUCCUCAUGAAGAGGAGGAAGUCACAGUCGGAAAGUUUUAUGCAACUUUCCUCAUUCAGGAUUACUUCAGGAAGUUUAGGAAGAGGAAAGAGAAGGGAAAUGUAACUGGAGAGUCCGACUCUACGAAUCCGUCUGCGGUUCAGCUGUGUAAGGCUGGUCUCAAGACCCUGCAGGAUCUGGGUCCAGAGAUGCGUCUGGCUCUGAAUGAAGACUUGGAGGAUGAGGAGGAGGCCAUGAUGGAGGGUGAGGAGCUGGAGAACACUGAAUAUAAGUUUCUGCUCUCAUCUGUGUGUCUGCAGGCGGAAAAUGGAUUCGGAGCAGAACAUCGACGAGGCUCCAUACAGACACCAACUGGUGAUGUUAGCAGUCUUAUCCACCGAGUUGGCUCUCUCACCAAGAUGGCGAAUGGAAACGAGCACGACGAGCGUCUUCGCCGUGGAGACAGUGUGAGGUCAUCAGUCAGUCAUCAUCGCCGAGCGUCCGUGAAGAAUGGCCUGUCAGACAACGCCCACAAGAGACCAUCAUACUACAAAUACGGAAGACACAUUGACCGGUCAAAUAGAACACCAAGGUUUCUGAUGCUGGGCCGGGAAGAGGAGCCCAGAGAACCGAGGAGAGACUCUGGAGACAGAUCCUGGAGGAAUGGAGACGUAGAGGUGUACAGAGAGCAGGGUUACUACAGUCGAGAGGAGGACAACGAGAGCAUCACCUCCAGAGACAGACAUUACCCUGACGACUCCUCGCUGUACAGAGACCACCACGAUGGCCACGUCCCAUACACUAACGGUAGCUAUGGCGACGGUUACAGCGAGGGCAGAAGGACGACUCGUAGACGCUUGCUUCCUGCCACACCCACAGGUCGGAAACCUUCCUUCAACAUUCAGUGUCUGAGGCGGCAGGGCAGCAGCGAUGACCUGCCGAUUCCUGGGACGUACCACCCGACAUCCCCUCCACGCCGCGCACGACCUCAGCAGGCUUUCAACAGCUACGACUCCUGUCGUUCUUCCGGGCGCUCCUCGGCAGCCGCCUCAACGUCCUGGGCAAAGCCGUGUCCUCGCCGUGGGCGCCUCUUGUACGCUCCACUCAUCCUGGUGGAGGAGGAGGGCAGCCCCCCCUGGGGAGGAGGACUGGUAGGCGAGGGGAAGAAUGGUGGAGCAGGAGGAGCAGCAGACGGACCACCCUGGUACAGUGGACCCACUGGGACAUCAGCUCCGCCCCCGUACAGGGCGUACACCACCCUAAGAGUUCCCACACAGCUUGGUGCUCCAUUCGCAGAGAAACGAGGAUCAGCUGACAGUCUGGUGGAAGCAGUUCUGAUCUCAGAGGGACUUGGCCUCUACGCUCGAGAUCCAAAGUUUGUUGCAUUCGCGAAGCGUGAGAUCGCAGAUGCAUGUCACAUGACAGUGGACGAAAUGGAAUCAGCCGCCAGCGACCUGCUCAGCUCUGGGAGCCACGACUUCUUGAACACCAUCGCCGAUGACCCUGCUGCGCUCUACAGUGACGAGGAACCAAUCAGGACAAGCCGCGAGGAGGAGGAGCUGGCCGACGAGAUGGCCUGUGUGACCUCAUUCUGAGGAUCCGACAAAUCGGAAGAGAAGGAGGUGGAGUAUCCAUGGCCAAUUUAUGGAAUGUUGGAAACUUUGAUUGACAGGAUUGCUGACCGAUAAGAAAAAGGGGGCGGGGUUACAUUUAAGGUGGGCGGAGCUUGCACUAUAAGAGAGAAAUAUGGAGGAAAAGUCAGAACAGGACAACCUAAAGUGUCUUCUGUGUGGCUGUGUUUCUCUGCACACUGGGCUCUGAUUGGUCAGAAAACUGAUGGUCCUACAGCAGCAGGAGACACCCUGGCUGGAAGGAGACAGAAACAUCUGCCGUCACCAUGAAAGGAGACUAAAUCCAAAAGUUUACCGGGUCAGAACCAUCAUCACAUUCCAUGCUGACAUUCUGUGGAAAAAUCUUUAAAUUCAAACUGUGAUUAUGGAAAAACUGGAAAAUGGAUCAAAAGGAUCAUUAGGUCAGAAAACAUCCAACUUUCAGAGACCCAAAUAAACUUUAAAUGAUGGUUCUGUUUGAAAAGAUGGCUGAGAUAUGGAGGUCCAACGAGGAGUGGCUUUAUCACUGCUGAAACUGAAAUCCUAUUAUUGUUUGUAGGGAAACAGUUUUUACAAUUUUCUGUGAAUUUAUAAAAAAGUGUUAGGAGCUGCAUGCUUUAAUAUCCUUUUAGACGGGUUUUCCAACACUGUGAGAGGAGCCGCAGAAACUAAAACUGAGACGAGUAAAAUAAGUGCAAACAGUAAAAGGUUAGAUGGUGUCUAAAAACAGCAGAAAUCAACAAAAGAUCAAAUACAUUUCUGAAUAUUAGACUUUUAUCUAUUUGCAGAUUUUAACUGUAAUAUGAUUUUAUAAAACUGUAAUUAGAAUUUAAGUUUGUUUCCAUCUUGUUCUGUUAAUUUUCUGUUUCUGACACAAGGACAGAGAAAAAGAUUUUUAAGGAAAAGUAUUCCAGUUAAAAACCAAAUUUCUCUUUCUUUCUUUCUUUCUUCAAGAUGGUAAAAUGAUUUUUAGCACAGAACCAAGCUGCUGGUCUGUUUACACAUCAAGGAAAAUAAUCCUAUAUCGAUAGAAUAUAUUGGCUAUAUAUAUAAAUGUGAUUUUUUAACCUUAAUCUAUGCUGAUUUAACACUUGGAGAAAUCUAAUAAAAGACUGAUUAAAAUCCUAACAGUAAUUUUUGUACCUCAGUAAUAAUAAUGAGCAGUUCACUCUAACAGACCGAGCUGUUUUUCCAGUGAAAUCUGUACGUAUUUAGAUUUUAUUUGUGAAACUGUGUUUUGUUGACUUUUCCCCUCAGAAACUCGCUGUACGAAAUGUUCAGAUGUGUCAAGCAUGUAGUGACCAUGGAAAUGUGUGCAGUAAUUAUGACAUCAUCAAACCUAAUGAUGUCAUAAUUACUGCAGCGUUCAUCCUCAUGGAAAUACACAGAACAGCUGCUGCAGGAUAAGAGUUUGUUUUAAUGGUCAGUUUAAGAAACCAAAGUUUACCUCAGGUAACGGAAGUUACAGCUGUAACUACGGUUCUAUGAAUCCUGGAUGACCGCCAGAGGAGGUGCUUAAACCACUGGAUGAUAAAUUCCAACAGAUGUUUUAUGUGAUCCUGCUUCCUGCGGCAGGUUUCCGAAAAUCAACAUUUUCUAAAGGAAGCUUCUCCCCUGUCCGAUGUUUAAAUGAAGAUGAUAAUCCAUCCAAACAAAAACAGAAUACACCUUCUUGAUCUAUGAAUACGAACCAACAACUUCUUCUUUUCAAUUAGAAGGAAGUCUAGUUUCUCAGCUGAACUGAGGGUCCAGCUUUCAACAUCAGUCCUAACAGGAAAUUAUCAAAGUUGGACCGAAUGCCUGGCUCAGUUCUUUCAGAUUAAAAGCCUUUCUGUCUCUGCAGAAAGUGAAAUCAGGUGCUUGAAUAUCCAGUUCAAUAAAACAGAGGAAAGAUCCUCUGAGCUUCUGUGUGAGCUGAUGACGAUGAUGAUGCCAGUUGUCUUUGUGUUGGCAGCUUUAGUGCUGUGUCUCUGCAGAUGAACUGAGAACCCACAGAAUCUGAUUAGUUUUUCUACAUAUGGGAUAUUUUUUAUUCUGAUGAUGGACUAUUAUGUGUUUUUGUCUCUUCUGAACUCUUUCUUCUGCAACCUGUUGGACUCUUUCCCAACACUCAUUAAGGGCUUUUUAUUCCUAGAGGUUCCUGCUCAGAUGUUGAGGAGUUGCUCUGCCCUAAUCUUGUUUUCUUUCCAAUAAAGAUUACGCCUCUG